AUGGAAGAAGUAAGUUGUGUUUUGUUUUCGGAUUGUUCGGAAUUUAGGCUGUUGCACCGGAGUUCCCCGCCCACUUGAAUGAGAGGCAUGUGGUGGCAGAAGCCUUGUUGGGAGGAACCAGAAUCAGCGAUACUUUGAUCCCAGCGGACGAUUUCAAUGAUGAGAAAAUUGGCAGAUUGACGGUUAACUGGAAUUGGAAACUGACUCGAAGGUAGGCCUGUUUUAGAAGAUUGGUGCUGAUUUAAAGGUAUGUGUGGCAAUUGGCGUUAUGCUGAGAAUUUUUCUGACAUUUUCGGGAUAAAUUUUAAUUUCUCUGAAGAUUUACUGUACGUGGAACCUAUGUUAAGGGAAGUCUAUAGUAUAGAGAGGGCGUUUUUUCUUCUAUUAUAGAAUUUAUUAUAGAGCCUUGUCUUGGAGUAUUUUGAUUAUUUUAACGUUCCAACGUUUUCAUGAUUAUUAUAAGUCUCAUUUAGGCCUCCUACGACGAGAAAUCAUUGUCAGACUGCAUUUGAAAGAUCAGCGCUCUCCACAAUUCCAGCGAGUGUCCAAUCGAGACUCCGGAUGUGGGGACGAUAA